AUGAUUCCUGACGACGCAGAUAUCGAUAUCUUUGCUCUGCCUCCUGCUGUGGCCGAUAACAAGCAAACCUCCGCUCUCAAAGACAAGAUUCAAGACCUCUGUGGCGGUAUGCAAGGGCUCAUCGAUUCAGCUCCUGCCGAAAACAACGGCGCGCUGUAUAUUGAAAAGGAAGAAUGGUGCCGGCGCUGGACCGAACUUCUAAAAAAACUCAAUGCUUGCCUGAAGGUCUCAAGGGCAAACAGCCCGCCGCUCGACUUGACGAUCGCACAAAGGCAGCUAGGUGGCCAAGUCAGGCUCAAACACCUGGCCUUUCAGAGCGAGAUCAGCAAAAUGAAGGACGCUGUCGCGAUGCAGGCAAGUUCAGCUGCCCAGGCGAUGACGCUAACCGAUCCUGACGAGCAGCAGCACCCGCAAGUUGCCCAUGAGCCGGAGGAAACUCGCCUGCAACAGCUGGAGCAGCCGCAAGAGGAGGCGGAGGAGCAGCAGCAGCAGCAAGACGAAGAGUCGGACGCGGACGAGGAGCAGGUUGUCGAGACCAGACAAUCGACUGCUGUCAAGCGAAAGCAGCAGAAUCCGUUCGACGUCGACUUAGAUACAGAGGGCUCGACAACCUCCAUCCAUAAGAAGGCCGACCCGAAGGUACAGUUCACGUCGACCAUGAGCGCCGAGACCGAGACCCUUAAGGCCAAUCCGGUCUCAUGCAACCGUUGCACUGACUGCAGUCGCAAGUGUUAUGAGUCUCCUGCCGGAGCGGCUUGCCGCGAGUGCAAGCGGCUCAAGGUCGCAUGUUCGCUCGUCCCUGACAAAGGGAAAGCGACGGCGACGGCCACCCCGGCUCCAGGUGCUCCCCAACCUGCUGCGACUCGUACGGCGCCUAAAACCACCGCGACUCCCAAGCCUGCCGUAGCUCCAACGGCACCUAAAAUGUCUCCUAGGCCCAGACCUGCCCCAAAGUCUGCGCCUGCAGCCGAGGCCAAGGACAAGGGCAAAGGCAAGGCCAAGGCCAAAUUCACGCCCUCGCCAACACCUCAGCCGGUUGCCGGCUCCUCGAACACAACUAUCCCAUACAUACUCCUGAACAGUAGUCACAAGAGGAAGCAGGCCGACAUCCAGGGGGAGGAAGAUUCAGAGAGCGAUAAAGAGGAUGCGUACUUGGCGGGGAGGAUCCAAGUGCUGCCUGGCUUGAUCUCCAUUGUUGAGACGGCCCUUGGUACACUGAAAAAGGAAGUCGGCGAGAUUAACUGCGUACUCGGGCAGAAAGCGCCGCCGCCUCUAAUUUCGCGCACCGCGUUGAUUACAGUACAGUAUUAG